GGUGUCACACACGCGGCGGUUCGGGAGGCGGCGGCGGCAGCAGCGGCAGGCGCCGCCGGGACGGGCACGGGCGCACGGCUCGGGCGGGCGCUGGCUGCCUUCCUCCGUCGCUCGUUCGCUCUCCCUCCUGCUUGCUCUCCGGCUGGGGGCCGGGCUGCCCCCAGCGCUCUUGGGAAGGAAGAAGGGGGGGGCUGAGGACGCCGACAAGUUCCCGUAGCAGCCGCAGAUUCCGGCCCAGGCGAAGGCUGCGGUUCCGACGGGGCAGGAGCGCGCUCCGCCGCGGAGCGCACGGCCAGAGUGUACCAGACGGGGGGCGCCCGGGCCUUUCGCUCUCCUUGGGGCCGCGGGCCGGGAUCCCAUGAGACGCGCCCGUGAGGGGCGACAGAUCCGAAGCCGGGGAGGCGCGCGGCAGAGGCGGAGGGCGGUGCUGCAGCUGCUGGAGGCCAGGAUCCGCCGGCAGGAGGCGGCGGAGAGAACUUGAACUUGGCGUCGGGAGCGGGCGCCCCGGACGCCCCCCGCCGGGGCCGGGGCGCCGAGGGACCUGGGCCGCAGCGCUGCUCUCCGAAUGGCCGCGGCGGCGGACCGGGCUCCCGCGCCGCGGCCCUAGGCGGCCUCUCGCCAUGGCCAAGUGGCUGAACAAGUACUUCAGCUUGGGCAACAGCAAGACCAAGAGCCCCCCGCAGCCGCCGAGGCCGGACUACCGCGAGCAGCGGCGCCGGGGCGAGCGGCCCUCGCAGCCCCCCCAGGCCGUGCCGCCAGCCCCCGCGGGCGCCUCGGCGUCCUGCGGUCCGGCCGCCGCCUCCUGCUUCUCGACCUCGUCGGGAUCGCUGCCCGACGACAGCGGCAGCACGAGCGACCUCAUCCGCGCCUACCGCGCACAGAAGGAGCGCGACUUUGAGGACCCCUACAACGGGCCUGGCUCUUCGCUGCGCAAACUGCGCGCCAUGUGCCGCCUGGACUACUGCGGCGGCGGCGGGGAGCCGGGCGGGGGCCAGCGCGCCUUCUCAGCCUCGUCCGCGUCGGGCGCCGCAGGCUGCUGCUGUGCCUCCUCCGGCGCAGGCGCCGCCGCGUCCUCGUCUUCGUCCUCCGGCUCCCCGCACCUCUACCGCAGCAGCAGCGAGCGGCGGCCCGCCACCCCGGCCGAGGUGCGCUACAUCUCCCCGAAGCACCGCCUCAUCAAGGUGGAGAGCGCCGCGGGCGGUGCCGGAGACCUCCAGGGGGGUGCCUGCUCUGGCGGCCGCACCUGGAGUCCGACGGCCUGCGGUGGCAAGAAACUGCUCAACAAGUGUGCCGCCUCGGCCGCGGAGGAGAGCGGGGCCGGUAAAAAGGACAAGGUGACCAUUGCUGAUGACUAUUCUGAUCCCUUCGAUGCCAAGAAUGAUCUCAAGAACAAAGCAGGAAAGGGAGAGAGUGCUGGCUACAUGGAGCCCUACGAGGCCCAGAGGAUCAUGACAGAAUUUCAGAGGCAAGAAAGUGUCCGGUCCCAGCACAAAGGCAUCCAGUUAUAUGACACCCCUUAUGAACCUGAGGGCCAAAGUGUUGACUCGGACUCAGAGAGCACGGUCAGCCCCCGACUACGGGAGAGCAAGCUGCCCCAGGACGACGACAGGCCCGCCGACGAGUACGACCAGCCAUGGGAGUGGAACCGGGUCACCAUCCCAGCUCUGGCAGCUCAGUUUAACGGCAAUGAGAAACGGCAAUCAUCCCCCUCACCUUCCCGGGACCGGCGGCGCCAGCUUCGAGCUCCUGGAGGGGGCUUCAAGCCCAUCAAGCAUGGGAGCCCUGAGUUUUGUGGGAUCUUGGGAGAAAGAGUGGAUCCUGCUGUCCCCCUGGAAAAGCAAAUCUGGUAUCACGGAGCCAUCAGCAGAGGAGAUGCCGAGAACCUUCUGCGGCUCUGCAAAGAGUGUAGCUACCUUGUCCGGAACAGCCAGACCAGCAAGCACGACUAUUCCCUCUCCCUGAAGAAAGGGGUUCAGCAAGACUUGGGCCUUACCUGUGGCCAUGACAGCUCUCCGCGUUCCCAACUCUUCAUUCUUCUGACCUCCUGCUUUGCCAAAGAGCAGACCACGUGCCCAUCAUUUCUACUUGACACUCAAAGUGUAUACCCCGCCCAGACUGGACAGAGCCUCCCAGGGAGAAAUGCAUUUACACAGUGCCCAGCAGGGCUCUUUGUGGUCUCAGGUACCUGAGAGACGUUGAUUGGAACAGGCCUCUGCAGAGUGUCCUGUGAGGUGGGUAGAAUUAUACCAAUAACAAUGAUUAAAAAUAUGGGGCGUUGUACAAGUGAGGAUAAAACCACUGGGGAGGCAAAUGUAUAAGAUCGAGUGAUCUGGGCAAGCCCAGGUUUCAAAUCCACAAUCUCCAAACGUUAGCAUAAUCCCACUUGGAGUUCAUAUUUUCAGGCCAUAAAAAUACCUUUUCUGUCUUGAGUUAUUCUCAUCUUAACCAAAAAUGUAUUCUAUGAAGAAUCUAGGGCUGUUUUACUUUUUUGCAGGAGUUGUGCUUUUAAAAAGCAAUCAGUUCCGAUAGUAAGUUAACUUUUUGAAACUCAAUUACUUGCAGCCAUGCUGAAAAAAACUAUAAUUAAUGUGGUCAAAUCCUAGCCAAAUAAUAAAAUGAAAGCUUUGUUGUGUAUCAAGGCAGAAAUCAAUUUCAUUAGGGAGCAAAGAGCCAGAGAUUUAAUUUUGAGGAAAUUCUCCACCCUGUGGACAGAGGUUGUCAAGAAGCUGCCAGAAUGAAUGCCCAACACAAGAGGACUCACCCUCCAGAGCCCAAAUUACUGAGGACUGAUUGACCUUUCAAAAUUGCAUUUGCAUACCUUCCAAGUGUGGCCUAAGCCAGUGGGCUUUUGCUCUUUAAUGUUUUUGGACCUGGUACCCCUUUUGGUUUGGGUCAAGAGGUGAAUGUUAUCUGCACCCAAUGACACUGGCAUGUCAAGAAGAUCCUGUCCUUUGGAACUCGGGAUGAGGUGGCCUCAGAAGGUCAGUAGACAUGAGAAAGGAGUUUAGCAAGGACUUGGGGUGUGCACAUUGAUGGUGGGGUCAUUUCCAGACAGCAGGGCUGAGGGCAAAGCCGGACAGACCCACUAGGGACGAUGCCCAGUUGCACGACCCCAAAUGCAAGGGGAAUAGUGAACAGCAAGUGUGACCAGAAUGGGAAAGGACAGGAAAUUCUGCCCUGUGAGGACAUCUGGAGAGAGAGCAGCCUAAGGUCUGCUCCUGCUUCUGUCUUCUGGUAUCUAAGAGGCCUUCCCAGGGCAGAAGGAAUGGGCUGUGACACGCAGGAACCAGAGCUCUGAGCUGAGGCUACUAUCAGUGAGAUGCACUAAAUUCAAGAUGGACUUUCCUGUGGUCAGAGCCAUCAGAGCUUGGAAGGGAUUUCCUGGCUGGGGAGUAAACUCCCCAAUGUUGGGGGUAGGCAACAAAAGCUGGACACCAAGUAUUAUGAAUAUUGCAAAGGCAUUUCCAUCGUGGGACCGCACUAGAAUGGGGGUGCUUAGACCUGCAUGUGCAUCAGAAUCUCUUGGAGAGCAUCUUAAAAGCAGAUCUGGUUCCAAAGAGGCCCAGGGAGCCCCAGGUUUGACAAGUCUUGAGGGACUCUGAUGUGGGCAUUCUGAGGCACAUUGGAAGAAACUAUUUUUGAGAAACAUCCACUCUUCUCCCAGCCCUGGGAUGCUGGAACUUCUGUAAUGCAGAUUGAGUCCUUUUGUUUAAUAGCCGAGUUGUCAUUCCUUCCUUGUCAUGUGAUGUGAGCAUCUCCUGUGUGCCAAGUUUCAAAGGUUUACAGGUUUGGGGAGCCUGGGUGGCUCAGUCAGUUGAGCAUCCAACUUCAGCUCAGGUCAUGAUCUUGUGGUUCAUGGGUUUGAGUCCCACAUCAGGUUCUAUGCUGACAGCUCAGAGCCUACAGCCUGUUUCAGAUUCUGUGUCUCCCUCUCUCUCUGCCCCUCCCUCUCUCACGCUCUGUCUCUGUCUCAAAAAUAAAUA